GUUGUAAGGACCCAUAGUUGCUAUAAAGCCGUUGAGGCAAAUGGAUGCUCUCUUACCAAAGCGAACAGGACAACAGAAUGCUCAGCCAACUCUUUGAGUAGCCUACGAAAGAAUUCUGCACUUUCCACUGACGGUCCACAGAACACUGGCAUGAGUGGCGGAAAGGGAAGUUUGUUUUAUCAUCAUACUGACUGCAAUGAUGCACAAAGGGCAUCCCAGGCCAGAAAAGACAAAAUACAGGAAGAAACUCACUAUCCAGAUGGAAGAGUAGAACGUCUUUUUUUGAACGGAUGCCGUGUGAUCACAUUCCGCAACGGAACUAAGAAAGAGAUUGGUGUUGACAAGUCGGUCACUGUCACCUUCUUCAAUGGAGAUGUUAAACGCACGCAGGCUGACGGGACUGUGAUAUACUACUAUUGUGAUGCUCAAACAACACACUCAACCUAUCCAUCUGGUUUGGAGGUUGUACAGUUUCCAAACAACCAAAGAGAAAAACACCAUCCUGACGGCACAAGGGAAAUAUCCUUCCCGGAUGGCACCGUCAAGAUUCUCCACUCCGACGGUCGAGAGGAAAGCAUUUUUCCAGAUGGAACUAUUGUCAAGAUAUCACAACAUGGUGAAAAGAUGGUGGAGUUUACUAAUGGGCAGAGAGAGAUCCAUACCUCACUGUAUAAGAGGAGGAUGUACCCGGAUGGAACCGUUAAAACUCUCUAUAGGGAUGGGAGACAAGAGACAAAAUUCUCAUCUGGGAGGGUUCACAUUAAGAACAAUGAAUGUGUCCUUAUAAUGGACAAAAAGUGAACUUCUAAAAAACUAUUUUUCUUUUAUUUCUAUGUAAAUCAUCUAAACUCUCUGAUCUAAACAUAUCAAUAAACUGUAAAUGACAAUCAGGAGAACUAAGCCUGCCUAUUAUUUUUUUACAUGUGCUGUCAGCAGGUGUCUUGUGUUGCUAAGAGUUUCUCUCAGCAUGAACACAUCUGAUACUGUAUUCAGGUGAAGAGUGAAGACCCUCUGACCGAGUCGUGACAUUAUACUACAUUGCAACUAUCUGGUUUCAGAAGAGGAACAUUCCUAAAAUAGUAAGGAAGAGCUGGGAUAAAUAUCUUAUAUAAGCAUUACAUCUAAGGAUGUGUUUCGAGUUUGUUUUUUUCUGUAUUGUCUAAUAGUAGCAUGUACACUACUUUUUUUUAAAGUCUGGGUCAGAAAAAUUAU